CCGCCAGACGUGACGGAAAACCGCCUGGCCGGCAGCACUGUAAACGCCUGCCGCGCUUUUCUUAUCGGAAACAUUCAUGGAUAAGCUUCGUCCAGUUGGAGUGGAAUGCAGUAAUCAACAAUAAAAGCCAGUGUGCAAGGAAAUGAAGAAAGUGUGUCAACUGGCUGAAAACGGCGAACCAGGAAGAGCUCCUUUCGGCCUUAGCAACCGAUAAAUCCGGCAGCCGAGAGAAAUCGAAGCAAAUUACGAAACCGCCAUUGAUUUUGGUUCCAAUCAAGAUGUCACUUGUGCCCUGGCGCAAAUAGUCCCCGAAAAACGUUGAGUCCGCGGAGGAAGCAGUACGCACACAAAAUCUGCGAUGUUGACUCUGUAUUACGUGAGUGCCACCGUCCUGCAGUCCUGGCGCAUUCAGAAGGCCUGCUCCAAGAUCGCCGAGCACCUCGCGCAGCCCUCGAGCAUCGCCUUCUACGCUCUCCAAGCGGGCAGCGAUGACGGAUUCGAUCCCGCCCUGGCCAGCUCCGAGCUGUGCGGCAACCGGAACGCGGCCAAGGUCACGGACAUCCUGUGGCUGCACGCCAACCAGCGGGGCUGCUGCCUGCGUCCGCUGCAAACGCUACACAUCACGCCUUGGAUCAGCUUCCCACCGGCACCCAGUCUGCUGCCCUUUUCCUAUUCCCCCGACACUCUAACGCCGGUGUCCACGCCCACGGAGGCGGACGUCCCGCGCAAGCAACGGGUCUCGCUUUCUGCGCAAGGUGAGGAACGGAUGCAGCUGCUCCUCGAGGCCCACAUAGAGCCACUACAACCGCCCAGUUCCGAGGACAGAGCAGCAGUACGGCUGGAAGAUUACGGUAAGCUAAUUGCAUGGAAAAUAGACUCCCACCUGGCGGUGCUCAUCGAGACAGACGUCGAGCACUUCACGCAGCUUUUGAUAACGACUUUCUUGCGAAAUAACUUAUGCAUUAACGAUCAGCUGCCACUUUUGCGGAUUGAGUCGGUGCAACGGGAAGGAGAUCCACAGCCCUUUGAGUUGCUGGCCAAGCAUCUGAAGCGGCAAUCUCGGAUAAGCGUCGGUCUGGACAAAGAUGGAUGGAAGAAGCACUUGGAGGACUUGCGAGCUGUAGGGGUGCUGGCGCACCAGGCCACCGAAUUCGAGUACCAAAGGAAUCGCUCUGAGGGAAGAACGAAAUCGGAUCCCAUCACGCAUGAUCAUCGCCCGACUUCAGAGCUCGUGGCCAAGGCGGUGGCUGUGGUGGAGCCCACCAACAAGGCAUAUCUGUCUCCGGCAAGGAUAACAGAAGCUUCCCUUAAAGCUGAGGCCAAGGGACCGCCUACAAAAUCUCCUCCUACUAAAAGCGAUGCCAAACCCACUCCUGCCAAGACCGAGGACAAGCGAAUCAGAAGCAAAGAGGACUCCAAGCUAACGCCAACCAAGAAUGAGUCGAAGCCAAGCGAUCUAGAGAAGCUAGCGGGAGUGCAGGCAGUGCAGCAGCAAGAAAUAGACGGAGUGCAGGCUACUUCCUCAACUAAGCCACCAAUGCUAAGUAAACUUGAUGCGCCUGCUAAGACAUCAGAUCAGCCAAUAAAGCCCAGGAAAUCCUUUGAGGCGGUAAAGCCUUUAAAUUCUCCUCCGUCAGAUGCUCCCUCGCGUCCUGUGCUGCAACGCAACAAGGAUAGCCUGCAGGAUGCCAAACCCCUGAACGUGUUGGUUUACUCGGACAGUGCCAGUGCCCGGGAAUCCACAUUGGCCACUCUGCAGCAGCUACUAGAACGCAAUGUCUACACCAUCUAUCCUCUGAUGCCUCAGCAAGCGGCUCAAAAAUACUGGACGGAACAGACUGCAUUGCUGGUCGUAUGCGGAUCGGUGGCACCCGGAAUCGGACAGAUAUUGGUGGACUACUUUCUGCAGGGCGGCAAGGUGUUAAGCCUGUGCUCGGAUAUACUGCACUUUGUACUCCCCAACUAUCGCACAGCGGAGGUUCGAGAGCACGAAUUGGUUCAGUUCUCCUAUGACAAAUGGCAGCGGGUCAAGAUGAUGCACCACAUAUUUUGCUACCAGCCGUCGCCGGUGAAGAAACACUUCUCGACGGACAGCGAGGAGUCAACCAAGUCGCACUCCCGCAAACCAGCUCUAGUAUGUCCAAGGUCCAUGGAACUGAAGGAUCUGGCCGGUCACAGCCACCAUUUGGAUGUCCAGGUGCUGGGAACCGAGGAAACCUGGAAUACGCCUAGCUUGAUGUUGGCCAAAAGCCUGCAGAGCGGAGGAAAGGCCGUCUUCUCCCAAGUUCAUUUGGAAAUGAAUCCCAGCGAAUUCGAAUCUGAUGAGACUAAGUACUCCAUUCUGAAGCAAAGCGAGCGAACUCGCCUCGAGAUAUUUGCGGAUCUCUUGGGAAAGUAUUUGGAUGUGCAGGUCCGCCGUGGAGAGGGCGUCGACCAGCCGCAGCCUGGAGUGGUCUACAAGCACGCAUAUUUUCUCGGUCGGCACGAGGCCAAGUUUGAGCUUCUGGAAAAGCUGCGUCUGCGCUGCAGCGGAUCCGACAACGUAAUAGCCACGCCAAACCUGACGAUGAAAUUCUGUGGCAAGGACGAUAAGCCUCCAGUGGCCAACAACAAUGUCCUGCCCAUACUUAUACAUUCCUGUCCGGAGGACUUCUCCACCGUGGAUUACUUUGAUAAUCUUAAAACGGAACAAAUCGGACGACUGGUUAUCUAUGCACCGGUAGUAAGCAGCUCCAUGCAUCUCAUAAACAACCUGGAGCUCAUCAACGGCCUGGCUGUGCUUCCCGUGCAACAGACCUCUGGAGUGGGUCGUGGAAAUAAUCAAUGGCUUAGUCCCCCGGGCUGUGCCAUGUUCUCGCUUCAGCUGCACCUGUCCAUGGACUCCGCUUUAGGCUCUCGGUUGCCUUUGUUGCAGCACCUAAUUGGAACGGCGAUUGUCAAUUCCCUCCGGGGUCAUGAACAGUACGGGGUGCUGGAUAUUUCUAUAAAGUGGCCGAAUGACAUAUAUGCAAAUGGAAAUCAGAAAAUUGGGGGUCUCGUCAUUAAUACCACACUUCAAGGUUCCCAGGCCAUCGUCAAUAUCGGAAGUGGAAUUAAUUUGGACAAUUCAAAACCAACAGUUUGCAUCAAUGACUUGAUACGAGAAUAUAAUGCCCGUGUCCCGAACAACAAGUUACCUAUACUUAAGUAUGAAAUACUUAUUGCCAUGAUAUUCAAUGAAAUCGAAAGACUUUUGGCAGAAGUACAAAACGGAGACUUUGAUAGUUUUUAUGUCUUAUACUAUUCGCUCUGGUUACACAGCGGGCAAUCCAUUAAGAUUUGCCUACAAAACGAUCAGGAAAAAGAAGCCGAAAUUGUGGGAAUUGAUGACUUUGGAUUUUUGAAGGUGAAAUUACCAACUGGAACCAUAGAAAUUGUACAGCCCGAUGGAAACAGCUUUGACAUGUUGAAGGGAUUAAUUAUACCCAAGUACCAAUAGUGAAAUGAAAGCAGAUGUGAAAACUCAUAUUAUUCCCCGAAUCAUCUAGUUUAAUUGACCCUUUAUCAAAUUGUACUUUUUAUUUUAGGAAAAUUUAGGGAAAUGUAUAACUACUUAAAUA